AUGGCUGAACAAGAGUUAAAGAGUUUAAAGGCAAGAAGGGGAGUAGUUAAAGGUAAACUUACAAGGUUUAAGAAUUACUUUGAUAAAAUUGAUAAGGAUGAUAUUUCUAAAAAAUUGAUCACAGAUGUAGAGUUUAGGUUAAGCAAAGUUACACCCUUGUAUGAAGAGUUUCAUGAGAUUCAGGAAAAAAUUGAUGAACUAGAGGUCAGUAAGGAUAAUGAGAAUGAAAUUAAUACUUUUGAAGCUUCGUAUUUUGAACUUGUUUGUGAUAUGCAAACAUUUUGCGAUAAUUUUAAAAUAGAAUAUAAUGCCGAUAUUGUAUCAGUUCAUAGUGAUUCAAAUCAAGAGGUUAAUAAUAAUAGUUUUCAGGCAUUGGUUAAGUUGCCCCCUAUUUCUUUAUGUACUUUUAACGGGCACUAUGACUCGUGGCUCGAAUAUAAAGAUUGUUUUCUAGCAUUGGUUCACAAUAAUGCUUCUUUAACAGAUAUUCAGAGGUUUUAUUAUUUGCGAUCUUCUCUUGAAGCGGGUCCUCAACAAAUAAUAAAAUCUAUAGAGGUUUCGUCAAUAAACUAUAAAAUAGCUUGGCAAAUGUUAACAGAGCGUUAUGAGAAUAAAAAACUUAUUAUUCACAACCACUUGAAGGCAAUUUUUGAUCAUCCUGCUAUUAAUAACGAGUAUCAUCUUGAACUAAGAGAUUUAUUUGAUAAUGUCACUAAACAUUUACGGUCAUUAAAUAGUUUAGGCUUAGACACACAAAGUUGGGAUAGCAUAAUAAUAUUUAUAAUGUGUUCUAAAUUUGAUGCUACCACUAGAAGGGAAUGGGAAGGUUUCAAACAUAAAAAUGACUCACCCAGUAUGACAGAUUUAAAUAUAUUUUUAAAGGAAAAAUGUCAAAUGUUAGAGAAGCUUCAAAUAUCUUCUGGUUAUAAAAAUAAUAAAGCAAGGGUUCGCAAUGUAAAUUCUCGAAGUUUUGCUUCUAUUGAACGUCAGUCUAGUGUCAAAUGUUACUUUUGUCAAAAUGAUCAUCCGAUAUAUAAAUGCGAUGCAUUUUUAAAAUUAAAUAUAAAUGACAGAAUCUCGGCUGCCAAAAGAUUAAAUUUGUGUUUAAAUUGUUUAAGAAAUUCACAUCCUACAUGGAAAUGCAAGUUACAAAAGUGUAUAAAAUGUCAUAAAUUGCAUAAUUCAUUAUUGCAUUUAAAUAAUCCCAACGCAAAUGUUCCUAGAAAUAUGGUUACUACUGAUAUAAACGAUCCAAAUCAACAUAGAACAGGAUCGAAUCCAAAUAUCGACAUAAUCGAUAACUGUAUUGAACGCUCAGACAACGAUCAACGUCAGCUAAGUUCUUCUCUUCAUAUUUCCAAAGACGUUGCCAAUUCAUACGAGAUUUCUGAGGUUUUAUUGUCGACGGUCUUAGUUCGCAUUGUAAAUGGAAAUAAAUCGAUUGUUUGUCGUGGAUUAUUGGAUAGCGGUUCUCAGAGUAGUUUUAUUAGUGAGAAAAUUUGUAAAUUAUUAGAUUUAAAAUGUCAAAAGGUAGAACAUUUGGUCAAGGGUGUUGGAGAGGCGCUAGCAAAAAUUAAUAAAAAAGCGAUUGUCACUAUAAGUUCUUGCCAAGGAGAUUUUAUUAUGGAUACUCAUUGUUUGGUUAUUCCCAAUAUUACGGGAAAGUUACCGAUCAGGUCUUUCAAUAAAAAUGAUUUAAAAAUUCCCUUAGGUUUAAAGUUGGCAGAUCCAGAUUUUCAUGUAUCUGAUGAUAUAGAUUUAUUGCUAGGUUCGAGUAUAUUUUGGUCUGUUUUGUUAGGAGGUAAAAAAUCUUUAGGUCCUAAUAUGCCGAUUUUGCAAAAUACAAAAUUUGGUUGGAUAAUUGCUGGGAAUUUAUACCUUAAUUCCCUAGAACCUAAAAAUUCUCAUACAUUUUUUAAUGUUAAUUCUUAUAAUGAAUCAAUAAAUAAUCAAUUAGUAAAGUUCUGGGAGAUUGAAGAAUUGGGUUCGUCAAGAAAAAUAUUGUCAAAUGAAGAAAUGUUUUGCGAAAAUUAUUUUAAGGAAACGGUUAGAAAAAAUUCUUCAUGA